ACUUUGCUCUCCAUGAUAAGAGCCUUCAUAAAAGGAGAUCAACUCAUGUCUCUUUUUAUUGUAUGCUAACAAAUGGUAUAGAGAGAGAAAGAGAUCCAAGAGAGAGAGAGGACAUGGAAAGAGUUGCAUCUCUUCAUUUGCUAUUGCUUCUAUUUUGCUUCUCUUAUCUCAUCUUCUCCUCCCAUGCAAUACCUUCAACAACUACCAAUUCAGGGUCUCAAAGAAUGGUGAAGAAAGGCUUUCCACCUUCAAGUGGCACAACUCAGGUCAGCAAGCGAGGAAAUCGAUUCGAAGAAAUCGAAUUCCGCGGAUUCGGGAGGAUGGAUUUAGAGAUCGAAGACUAUCCGGGAUCGGGCGCGAACGAUCGUCACACGCCGAAACCGCCGGAGAGGAGCUGACUCGAAAAGAGUUUAAAUUUGAAUCAUUUUCUCAGCAAAUGAAAGUCCUUUAAAGAAGUAAUUUUGACUUUUUUUUAACUGCUUAUGCAAAAAAAAUAAAAUAAAAUAAAAUUUGUACUGCAGGUCCAUCUAGUUGAACAAAUAUAUAUAUAUAUACAAUAAUUAAUAUAUACUUAUAAUAGUUGAUACAUAAAAGUAGUGAAGGAGAGUAGAGGAAAUGUGACAACUAAGUCAAGGUGGUUUUAAGAAAGAAAAAUAUAUUUAUGAUUAAUUAUUUGUAGUGUAGACUUGUGAUAUUUUGUAACAGUUAUAUAUUAUGUGUGCCUUUAUUUUAUUUUUUGAAAUAAACUUAAAGCUGGAAUUGUGAAUUAA